GCAGGGCAGGCUGCAGGCAGCGCAAUGCCACAGGGGAGGUGCUGGAGGCGGCGGCGGGAUCCUGGUGCACCAUGAACCUUGGGUCCGGCCCCGUUCCGGGCCGAUAAGCACUGUGCACGCCGCCCUGUAUUUGUCCCGGGGCCUCGGCUGAGAAGGCAGCAGCGCCGGGGCACGAAUCUCUAGGACGGCGCAGGGUCACUUCUUUAUCCGCACACAACAGAAAUCACCCCAUCCAGAGCGCCACUCCCGGGCUCCCAAGUGAAGGUCUACGCCAGAGGAGGAGUGGAAGAGCUGAGGCGCUCUGAAGAGGGGCGAGAGAAACUGGAAGGAGCAGCGGGAAGGGAGCCGCCCGCGCGGGCUGGGCGGUCGGGCAGGGGGGAGUCGAGACCCGGGCCGCCACCGUCACCCCGGCCGCUGCGGCCGCCAUCGCCUUGUUCCCCUGCCCCCGCACCAUGGCCGAGGAGCUCUCUGCGGCCACGUCCUACACCGAAGAUGAUUUCUACUGCCCAGUCUGUCAGGAGGUGCUCAAGACGCCGGUGCGGACCGCGGCCUGUCAGCACGUUUUCUGUAGAAAAUGUUUCCUGACUGCAAUGAGAGAAAGCGGAGUACAUUGUCCCCUGUGUCGUGGAAAUGUGACUAGAAGAGAGAGAGCAUGUCCUGAACGGGCCUUAGACCUUGAAAAUAUCAUGAAGAGUUUUUCUGGUAGCUGUCGAUGCUGUGCAAAACAGAUUAAAUUUUAUCGCAUGAGACAUCAUUACAAAUCUUGUAAGAAGUAUCAGGAUGAAUAUGGUGUUUCUUCUAUCAUUCCAAACUUUCAGAUCUCUCAAGAUUCAGUAGGGAACAGUAAUAGAAGUGAAACAUCCACAUCUGAUAACACAGAAACUUAUCAAGAGAAUACAAGUUCUUCUGGGCAUCCCACCUUUAAGUGUCCCUUGUGUCAAGAAUCAAAUUUUACCAGACAGCGUUUACUGGAUCACUGUAACAGUAAUCACCUAUUUCAGAUAGUCCCUGUGACAUGUCCUAUUUGUGUGUCUCUUCCUUGGGGAGAUCCUAGGCAGAUAACUAGAAAUUUUGUUAGUCAUCUGAAUCAAAGACAUCAGUUUGAUUAUGGAGAAUUUGUGAAUCUUCAGCUAGAUGAGGAAACACAGUAUCAAACUGCUGUUGAAGAAUCUUUUCAAGUAAACAUCUGAAGGCUGUAUACAUCUUUGCAUCUUUGUUACCUGCAAGUGCCAUCUUUAAGGGGAAAACUACAUGAAGUCACUGUUUCAGUAACUUGAUGUGUAUAUUAAUAAAAAUAAUUCAGUCUCUUGUUUUAGUUUUUGAUUGAAAAAUAAAGGUGGGCCAUCUAAAAACUUCAUCCUCUUGAUAAGUUAAAAAAUUAAGUUUAAGACAUUAGCUUCAAAAGCAAAAAAAAAAAAGAUUAUAUUUCACUAAUGCAAUUGUGAAAAGGGAAUCCCUGUUGUACUUCAUUUUUUUAAAUACAUUUUUGAAUUUUUCAUUAUUAUGUUGCUUUUGAAAUUUGGUGCUUUUCUUCCCAUUUACUUUAUUGGUACAUAGAUAACACACAGUAGCAAAUCCUGAAAGAUGUGAUUGAUGCAAACCUACCAAAUCUGAGCCAGUUAUCAGCGUCACAGAAUAGAAACUUGAAGUGCUAAAUGGAACAAUCCAAAGGAAGUUUUCUAAAUAUAGAGUCUAGCUAAAGAAUUCAACUAUAAGAAAAUUGUAUUUAUAUAACAUUUAGUAUUUUUAAAGACUAGUGAAAUUUCUGUAAUAAUUUUAAUUCUUACAAGGUGAAAACUUGUUGUAAAGAUAGUUUUUUUCUGCUAGUAGAAGAAAAUACUAAGAGAAAAAAUUUAUUCUUCGAUGGACAAUUGGUGAUUUCUGUCUUGUUUAAUUUGUAAGCUUGGAAUAUACUAAGCUGAAUAACAGCUUAGCCUCAGAAUGUUCAGUAGCCAGUAUUUCUGAUUAGCUGACAUGAAACUUAUACUAGGAACUUUUCAGUUGGUGAUACUGUAUUCUACAGAUAGACUUAAAUGAGAGGUUUAGCUUCAUCUCAGUUUAGAAAUUCAUUCAAAGCUAAACAUAUAUGUAUAUACAUAUACUUUUGUGUGUGUAUACACAUACCUACAUGUAUACGGUUUGUCAGGUUAUAUACAGAAUUUCUAUUAAGGAUUUUUAAAAUGGACAAGCAAUAGGGGAUUGAAGUAUUCAUCUGUUUUGAUUAAAAUUUUGUAUACACAAGUUUUAAAAAGUGACAGUCAAAUGCUAACUCUGAUCUAGUUGGCUGCUAUUACACCUGAAAAAUUGAGUUUACACACACACAAUUACCUAGAUAUAUGGUGCUCAUUUGUUAUUCCCAAAAGAUAAUGGGUGAUGAUGUAGUGAGACAGAUUCUACCACUCUGUUUUGCUUCUCUUUUGUCAAACCUGGAUUUGUUCUUAGUAUUCACUAAUGAGAAUCAUAAAGUAUUUUGUAGAAGUCCUAAAUCAAAGGGAAAGGAUGAAGAAUGGAUUAGCUGAUGUUCCAUACUAAUAUACAUUGUUUAUGCUUUCUUUAAAAGAACGUAAAAGAAAAUCUCAAAAGUAGUUUGCUGCUAAUAUAUACAUAUAUUGUAUAAAAAGGUAUAUUUUGGUUUUGUUAAAACCCUUGUUGACUUUUCUACAGUGAACUUUUUUUAACUUGAUUUAAUAAAAAUGUUAAUUUUGGAAGUG